GCGGCGGACAGCCUGCAGAAAUGUGCAAAUUUAGUUCGACGAACAAUCGCGCAAUUAAUUGGAAAUAAUUGCGGAAUUCAUUGCGCGCCAACCGCAGAAUAUAUUUAUGCGAAUUUUUGAUUACGAUUCGCGGUAGAAGCCCUUUGAGCGAUGUGGUUCGUGAAAAUGAUUUCAACAGAAGCGAGUUUUCCACUUGGCUUCAUCCUAACGAGCUUGCUAUUGGCAUUUCCCAGUUGCCGAGGAGAGAGAACGAAUGUGGGUCUCGUCUACGAGAACACCGAUCCGGAUCUCGAGAAGAUCUUCCACCUGGCCAUCAGCAAGGCGAAUGAGGAGAAUGAAGAUCUGCAGCUGCACGGCGUGUCCGUCUCCAUUGAGCCGGGAAACUCCUUCGAGACCUCCAAGAAGCUCUGCAAAAUGCUAAGGCAAAAUCUGGUGGCAGUUUUCGGACCCACCUCGAAUCUGGCCGCUCGUCACGCGAUGAGCAUCUGCGACGCCAAGGAGCUGCCCUUUUUGGACACGCGCUGGGACUUUGGGGCCCAGCUGCCGACCAUCAAUCUGCACCCACAUCCAGCCACGCUAGGCGUGGCCCUGCGGGACAUGGUGGUGGCCCUGGGCUGGGAGAGCUUCACCAUCAUCUACGAGUCGGGCGAGUACUUGCCCACCGUGCGGGAGCUGCUGCAGAUGUACGGCACCGCUGGUCCCACGGUCACGGUCCGUCGCUAUGAGCUGGAUCUGAACGGGAACUACCGGAAUGUACUGCGGCGUAUACGCAAUGCGGAUGAUUUCUCGUUCGUGGUUGUCGGAUCCAUGGCCACUCUGCCAGAGUUCUUCAAGCAAGCCCAGCAGGUGGGUCUGGUGACCAGCGACUACCGCUAUAUUAUCGGCAACCUGGACUGGCACACCAUGGACCUGGAGCCGUACCAACACUCCGGAACCAACAUCACGGGUCUGCGCCUCGUCUCUCCGGAUAGCGAACAGGUGCAGGAGGUGGCCAAGGCGCUCUACGAGAGCGAGGAACCCUUCCAGAACGUGUCCUGCCCCCUGACCAACAGCAUGGCCCUGGUCUACGAUGGCGUCCAGCUUCUGGCCGAGACCUACAAGCAUGUGAACUUCCGGCCCGUGGCCCUCAGUUGUAACGAUGACAGUGCCUGGGACAAGGGCUACACUCUCGUCAACUACAUGAAGUCGCUAACGCUGAAUGGCCUCACGGGACCCAUUCGGUUUGACUACGAGGGACUCCGCACGGAUUUCGAGCUGGAAGUCAUCGAGCUGGCCGUUUCGGGGAUGCAGAAAAUCGGGCAAUGGAGCGGCGAGGAUGGCUUCCAAGAGAAUCGCCCUGCCCCGGCGCACUCCUUGGAGCCGGAUAUGCGUUCGCUGGUGAACAAAAGCUUCGUCGUCAUCACGGCUAUUAGUGAACCCUAUGGCAUGCUAAAGGAGACCUCCGAGAAGCUGGAGGGCAACGAUCAGUUUGAGGGCUUCGGCAUCGAACUAAUUGACGAGCUGUCCAAGAAGCUGGGAUUCUCCUACACGUGGCGCCUCCAGGAGGACAACAAGUAUGGAGGAAUCGAUCCCAAAACAGGCGAAUGGAAUGGCAUGUUGCGUGAGAUAAUUGACAGUCGCGCUGACAUGGGCAUUACGGAUCUGACCAUGACAUCUGAACGAGAAAGUGGCGUCGACUUCACCAUACCCUUUAUGAGUCUGGGAAUCGGCAUCCUCUUUCGCAAACCGAUGAAGGAGCCACCGAAGCUGUUCUCCUUCAUGUCCCCGUUUUCAGGAGAGGUCUGGCUCUGGUUGGGUCUGGCCUACAUGGGCGUAUCCAUCAGCAUGUUCGUGCUGGGACGGCUUUCUCCGGAGGAGUGGGACAAUCCGUAUCCCUGCAUUGAGGAGCCAACGGAAUUGGAGAAUCAGUUCAGUUUCGCCAACUGUCUGUGGUUCUCCAUAGGUGCUCUACUUCAGCAGGGAUCUGAACUGGCUCCGAAGGCUUACUCCACUCGGGCCGUGGCCGCUUCCUGGUGGUUCUUCACAUUGAUUCUGGUCUCCUCUUACACUGCUAAUCUGGCGGCUUUCCUCACUGUCGAGUCUUUGGUAACGCCCAUCAAUGAUGCGGAUGACUUAUCGAAGAACAAGGGCGGUGUAAACUAUGGGGCCAAAAUUGGGGGAGCUACCUUUAACUUCUUUAAGGAAUCAAACUAUCCCACCUACCAGCGGAUGUACGAGUUCAUGAGGGAUAAUCCCCAGUACAUGACCAACACCAACCAGGAGGGAGUUGAUCGCGUUGAGAACUCCAACUACGCAUUUCUCAUGGAGUCGACCACCAUUGAGUAUAUCACAGAGCGCCGGUGCACGCUCACUCAGGUGGGAGCAUUGCUGGACGAGAAGGGAUACGGGAUAGCCAUGCGAAAGAACUGGCCGUACAGGGACACGUUGAGCCAGGCUGUUCUCGAGAUGCAGGAGCAGGGACUGCUGACCAAGAUGAAGACCAAGUGGUGGCAGGAAAAGCGCGGCGGGGGAGCUUGUUCGAACUCGGACGAGGACUCUGGCGCCGUGGCCCUGGAGAUUAGUAACCUGGGCGGUGUUUUCCUGGUGAUGGGAGUCGGCUCCUUCUUUGGCAUCUUUGUCUCCUUGCUCGAGAUGGUGCUGGGCGUUAAGGAGCGCAGCGAUGAGAACCAGGUGAGCUUCAAGACGGAACUUCUGGACGAGAUCCGCUUCAUUUUACAAUGCUCCGGCAAUACCAAAGCGGUGAAGUACCCAAAAAACUCUUCGCGAUCAAAUGCCAGCUCGAAGUCUAAAGGCUCUUCCAUGUCAGUGGAUUCAUUGCCCGAGGAUACCUCUGAAGCUGACGCAUCUGGCAAGCAUAACCAGGAUAAAAAGUAAAUUUAUCGCUUGUUUACACAGUGAAAUCCCAUGUACGGAAAUUUAAAAUAAAACAAGAGAGAAUGCUAUAGUCGA